CCCAAGGGCUCGCAGUCAGUGCUUCCGCCCGGACGCGGUUUGCUCCGGGACUCUCUUUCCCCGCCGCUCCGCCGGGUCCGGAGUCGCUCCCCUCGUUGGCCCUCCGGCCCCGGGAUGGCCCCGAAACUCCCGGACUCUGUGGAGGAGCUCCGUGCUGCCGGCAACCAGAGCUUCCGCAACGGCCAGUACGCCGAGGCCUCCGCGCUCUACGGCCGCGCGCUGCAGCUGCUGCAGGCGCGAGGUUCUGCAGACCCUGAAGAGGAAAGUGUUCUCUACUCCAACCGUGCAGCAUGCCACUUGAAAGAUGGGAACUGCACAGAUUGCAUCAAAGACUGUACUUCAGCACUGGCCUUGGUUCCCUUCAGCAUGAAACCCUUACUGCGGCGGGCAUCUGCCUAUGAGGCCCUGGAGAAAUACCCCCAGGCCUAUGUCGACUACAAGACUGUAUUACAGAUUGAUAAUAGUGUGAUGUCAGCCCUGGAAGGCAUCAAUAGAAUGACCAGAGCUCUCAUGGACUCACUUGGACCUGAGUGGCGCUUAAAGCUGCCCUCUGUCCCUGUUGUGCCUGUCUCAGCCCAGAAAAGGUGGAAUGCCAUGCCUUCAGAGAACCACAGAGAGACAGUUAAAAGCAAAUCCAAAGAAACCACAACUACAAAGAGCAGAGUGCCUUCUGCUGGGGAUGUGGAGAGAGCCAAAGUUCUGAAGGAAGAAGGCAAUGAGCUUGUAAAGAAGGGCAACCAUAAGAAAGCUAUUGAGAAGUACAGUGAAAGCCUCUUGUUUAGUAACCUGGAAUCUGCCACAUACAGCAACAGAGCACUAUGCCAUCUAGUCCUGAAGCAGUACAAAGAAGCCGUGAAGGACUGCUCUGAAGCUCUUAAGCUGGAUGGGAAGAAUGUGAAGGCAUUUUAUAGACGGGCUCAAGCCUACAAGGCACUCAAGGACUAUAAAUCCAGCCUUGCAGACAUCAGCAGCCUCCUACAGAUUGAGCCCAGGAAUGGCCCUGCACAGAAGUUACGUCAGGAAGUUAACCAGAGCCUGAAGUAAAACCCCCAAUGGGCAGCAGGAACCCUCUGCCUGACCAUCCCAGAGAAGCCAGGAGCCUCCUCCCCUGCAUCUACCUACCCCUGACACCCAGCAUGCCCCCAAGGGAGCUUCAAAAUAUCCUCCUUAGCCCCUCUGAGAGGCUUUGCUUGUUUAAAUUAAGCCCAUUGUAGUCAAGCACAGGACAUAUUUUUGGCAGAAAGGUACCUUCUAGAGCUGAAUGUGAAGUUGGAGUCCUGUUCCCAUCCAUCUGCCUCAGACAGCAAACAAUUGGCUUUGUCCUGUGGGCUGCCCCUCUGACUUCCCCAGACAAAGCCUUUCUGCAGUUAAUCUGAACAAAACACCUGACCCACCUAUACCCACAGCAGCCUGUUGAGCUGGUUCUCCAGGGCUGCCAUCUCCCCAAGGGCACAGUCCACUGUGUCUGAGCCCUAGUGCCUUUAGUCGGGCCCUCCUUUGUGGGAAGGCAGAGCCCUGACCUGUGGAGUCUCUGUCCUUGACUCUACGCUGCUGCCUUCUGUGUGGAGUUACCUAAGCUAUUUCAAGAGCUCGGUGGUGAUGGCUCUUCCUCCUGGGAUGGAGAGAGAGGCCUCUUUGAGGCAGUGUCCUUCCAUUCUGAGCAGGAACUUGACUUUUUCCCCUCAAACAUGGCCCCUCAGGCUUCUUAGUUCUUUGUAAUACGUUGAAGUUAAUUUGGACUGGUUUUGUUGAACUGUGUUUAAGUUCUUGCAUUAAAAAGCUUUUACAGGUG